AUGCCCCGCCGUUCGCUCCUCUUCCCCCCCUCCUCUCCAUGCUCUCCCGUUCCCUUCACAUCCCCUCAUCCCGGAUCAGCUUUCGCAGCUCUCUCCCUGACCCGGUAUCCCAUUACCAGGCACAUUCAUACCGGUCCGCGGCCGACCGUGAACCGAACCCUGGCGACCAUCAACCGCUCCUCCUCGACCACCCCAAUUACCCCCAGCUCUCGUCUUUCUUCUAUCUCCCGGCACUUUUCGUCGUCCCCUGUUUCUGAGAGCAAGGAUUCCUCCACAAUGGCUCCUGUCGAGGUUCAACAGUAUGACUACAUCGUCCUUGGUGGUGGAAGCGGCGGCAGUGGCAGCGCCCGGCGGGCCGCAGGUUGGUAUAAGGCAAAGACCUUGAUUGUUGAGAGUGGCCGAUCUGGCGGUACUUGUGUGAACGUUGGCUGCGUUCCCAAGAAGAUGACCUGGAACUUUGCGACUGUCAACGAAACGAUUGAGCUUGCAAAGCACUACGGCUACGAUAUUCCCGAGGGCACGAAGAUUGACUACAACUACUUCAAGAACACUCGUGAUGCUGUCAUUAAGAACUUGAAUGGCGCGUACGAGCGCAACUGGAACCGGGAAGGCAUUGACCUCGUUCACGGCCGCGCCCGGUUCGUGGAGCCCAAGGUUAUCGAGGUGGGCCUGCCUGAUGGCACUAUUGCCCGCUACACCGCACCUCACAUCCUGAUUGCUACCGGUGGCCGGCCUACCAUUCCCACUGUGCCGGGAGCUGCCCCCAAGGUCGCCGUUAUCGGCGCUGGCUACAUUGCUGUCGAGCUGGCUGGUGUCAUGAACGCCGUCAAUGUUGAGACUCACAUGUUCAUCCGCGGCGAGAACUUCCUGCGCAAGUUCGACCCCAUGGUCCAGCAAACCAUGACUGAUCGGUAUGAGGCUGCUGGUGUUAAGCUUCACCGCAAGCAUCCCGGCUUCAAGGAAAUCAAGCUCCUCCGCGAUGGCAAGGGCAAGGACAAAUUGAUCAAGCUGGUCGGAAACGAUGGUGUCGAGCUGGAGGUCAACGAAGUUCUGUGGGCUGUUGGCCGUUCCCCGGAGAUCGAGGACCUGAACCUAGAUAUUCCUGGCGUGAAGCUGAAUCCCAGUGGCCAUAUUGUUGUAGAUGAGUACCAGAACACCUCAGUUGAGGGUGUCUAUGCCCUCGGUGAUGUUACUGGUCAGGCUGAGCUGACCCCAGUUGCCAUUGCCGCCGGUCGCCAACUCGGCAACCGUAUCUUCGGCCCUCCUGAGCUGAAGACUUCCAAGCUCUCUUACGAGAACAUCCCCACUGUCGUCUUCUCCCACCCCGAGGUCGGCUCGAUCGGCCUCACCGAGCCCGAGGCUCGCGAGCGGUACGGCGACGACAAGAUCAAGAUCUACCACACCAAGUUCACUGCCAUGUACUACAGCGUGAUGCCCGCUGAGGAGAAGGCCAAAAACCCAACCGAGAUGAAGAUCAUCUGCGCCGGUCCCCAGGAGAAGGUCGUCGGCCUGCACAUUCUUGGUCUUGGAGUCGGCGAGAUGCUCCAGGGCUUCGGUGUCGCUGUGAAAAUGGGCGCUACUAAGCAGGACUUCGAUAGCUGCGUGGCUAUUCACCCCACUAGCGCCGAGGAGCUGGUCACUCUGCGGUAA